AACGCUUUUAUUUUUGCAAGGCGGAACUCUCCUGUUGAGAUUCGCGGGGAAGGAUUUUCUUGUCGGACUCGAUUGUCACCUACAAUCUUUUGAACAGGACUUACACUUGUGAGUGUUUUCUACGUUACAUGUAAGCUACGCGGUUCUAUUGUAUGCCUUUUUCAAUAGAUAUGUAACAUGUUUCACAUACAAUGACCAUGUGUCGUGUUAAGGUGUGAGACAAUUAGAGACGAGCUGUGUACCAGUUGUGACUCGAAGGCCUGGACGUUAGCUGCGCUGACACCGUUUAACAACAUGUCGGUUCACAACGAGCUAAGAGGCUAAAGACGAGAGGACGUCAAUUUCCUCGUUUCCCGUUCGUUUCUUUAUUAUGCGACGUAAUCACUGUCCAUGGACGUCUGAUCAACCUGCACAGGCGUUGUUUGUUUAAAGUCGCGAGAAUGUAAUGCUAUGUAAGCUAGCUCUAAGUUAGUUAAUUGUACAAGCUAAGCAAAAGCCAAGCAACCUACGUCAUGUUGGGUCCAAAUAACAGCUGCUGUUACGAAUAUAUACCCUUGGCCAUGAUUACAUUAAUAGUAGGAUGGUUACAUUGUUUGCUUGAGUUACAGUCUUCAUUUAAACACAGCUAAGGCGAGGGUUGAGAUAUAGAUGGGAUAAACAAAAGGCAUGUCAAAUAUUGCACUAAAGCAUGUACUUGUUAAAUCUAUUUAGCUCCUAGUCCUCACUACCAGUCCCACACAUUUUUUCCCGCUGUAUAUUGUUUCCACUUUCCACAACACUUCCCUUGCUUCAUGCGGGAGAGUCUUUGAAUACAAGUAAAGGUCUGUAUGGGGCUGGGAACGUUUUAAAGAUAUGAUACAAACUGAAAGGUAAUACCCAUAUGUGCCAUACAAAUUAGCGUGGCAGCACUCCCCUUUUAUAUGUCAGACCAUUGUUGGCUAUGUUGAAAAUCAGUCAGCAGGACUACUUAUUUACUAACUAAUGAGUACCAAUAGAAAUCUCUCUGGACCAUUCCAGUAAUGAAAACUGUUCAGAUCUGACUAUAUUUUAUUGAGGUAAAGUCCAUAUUUUAGCACUUAUAAAUUCAUUGAGUAAAAUGAGUUGACAUAGUUUUGUAUUCCCUUAAACAAAAGUAUGAAAAAUAACCUUGUAUCAGCCUUACAAUAUCAGAUUGGUUAGUAAUAAUGAUACCCAUCCCCAGUCAGCCAUGGUACUUGCUAAAACCCUUUUGACACUCUAAUUGAACUCUUAAAUUAAAUAUGGACUUUAAAGAGUCUCUAACAUCCUUUCUUUCUUCAUCAGCAGGUGGAGGGAUGAGUCUCUCCCCUGGUGUUGGUACAGAAGUGCCAGAAACGGCUAACGGAGUUGUGACACCCGUCUCUACAGAGAAUGGCCCUCACGUUCCGGUCUCGGUAAAAUAUGGGGGCAGCAGAGUGCCCUGUCCUGGGCAGGCAUCGGAGGACAGCGGCCUUGGACACACAGAGAACCAUGUACAUAUGGAAAACAGAGACUUGCACACAGAGAGGUACAAUAAUGGUAGAACAUCUACUAGUUUAUCGCUGCACACCUCUCAUGUGACGGACGCCUCGCUCCCUGCUGCCUCCUGUACAAGAGACUCAGAAGACUGGGAAUCAGGCUCCACAGACAUUCACGAGGCCUCUCACAAUGCUGAGCCCCCUGAUGCAGUUCUGUUGUGGGACCCAGCACAGCAAGCACACUCCAAAGAGUCAUCUCAGCGAGGAGGCCCUGCCACUGCAGACAGACAGCAGACAGAGACUUUAGAUGGAGACAAUGACAGUCGAGACGAGGAGGAAGAUGGAGCGAAGGAGAAACAGGAUGAGGAGGACGAUGAGAAAAAUGAAAAAAAGUGGAUAAAUCAGCGUGCAGGAGGGAGAACAGAGGUAGCGUCUGCACGACACUACUCCUCUUCAGCCCCUGGUCCCAGCACCUCGUCCUCUUCCUCUACUCCACCUCUUCUUCCUUCAGACAAUAUCCCCUGCCCUCCCCACGUCAUGGCCCAGGUCUGGGUGCGCAACGUCAGGGGGAUGCAGGACAGCAAGAGUCUGGAUGAAAUCAGCCAAACUUGUGGAGGUGGUUCAGGGGCACGUGUAGGGGGCAGAGGUGGCCAGUCAGAGGGCCGGAGGGCGACAAUCUCCUCAGCUCUGGAGCUAGAUGGGACAGUCAGCCAGGAGGGUGACCUGACUCACUUCAUCACCAAGAACCUGGAGCAGAAAAUCAAAAUGAGCUCCAAGCCCAGUCUGGACUGCAGUGACUCCGACUGUUCAGGUCCCAUCUACCGCAGCCGAGGUUUGUCUCGGAGACCAGCCGACAUCCCGCCCAUUGAUCCAGCUGUCCUAUUGGAUCUUCAGAGACACACCCAGGAAGUAGCCCACAGUGUAGAGAUGAUGAUGCGGAGCCUCAAUGGAACUAUCCAAAAUAUGACAGCUCUGAGUGUGGGCUACAUCCAGACCUACAGAGACUCUGUUGACAGCUUGGGAGAGUCUGUGGACAUGAGUAUAAAGGGCAUGUACACACUGAUGGCUCGCUGUGAGGAGUUGGACCGUUCCAUGCAGCCCAUACACAACCUGGCGGCCCAGAUCCGUGACAUUAAACGCACCCUGGACGCUCUGGAGGCGAUCUGCAAAUAGCCCCACCUGUCCGAUUUAAAGACACGCCCCCAGCUGUAAAGACCCAACAUCAAGCGCAUCCUGAACAAGGCUGUCUGCAAGUAGACUCACCUUUCUGCAGGUAGCACACACACUGCAGCUAAGAUUAAGUGCACCUCUCCGGGAACCAUUGCUACUCGGCAUGCUGGAUGAUUGGCUUUCAUAGUCCUGCCUCUUGUUCAUCAUUCGAAGAUGACCGUUUGUUCAGUGAUAUUCCAACUGAAUUUUUAUUGAUUAAGCUCUCAGGGUUGAGCUUUCUCUUAUUUAUUUAUUUUUAAAGUCACCCUGACUUCCUCUAAUGAAGUUGUAGUGAAACUUAAUUCCACAAAUUAACCUGUUUUGGAGACACUCGGUCAAGUGCCCUGAACACACACACACAUGCACACAUAUACAAACAUAUCCUUGAAAAUGUGUUUACAGUCUGAGGAAUAUUGUGUCAUUAUCCAUCCAGCCCGCUUUGUUCAGAUUGCACUAACCUUUCUGCCACACAUGGGGGCGAUGUCACUCUCUCUCUUUCGCUCUCGCUCGCUUUUGCUCUCGCUCUCUCUCUCACUUUGCUCCGCCCUGCUUAUGAAGAGGCCAGUAUGAACUGCUCAGAAAAUAGUGACUUUUGCACAGGACUGGAAAGUCUAUUUUUUAAUCUUAUGCAACAAAGAUCAGAUUCCUUUUCACUGCAGACUUGAUGAGGAGAGACGAGCAUCAUUUCUUUCUCCGUCGGUCUUAUUUUAAUGUUUAUUUAUUCGGCUUCCUCAGCACGUUUGCUUUUUCAACGAUACUGCAACUGCUACUCUGUGUCACUGGGAAUUUACCAAUAUAGCCAGAAUGUUUUCCACUGAACUUAACUGGAGCAUUUGGAGGUUAAGCUCAAACGCUGCUUGAGGGUGGUUGUCAAAGGUCAUGAAACUGUUUCACUUUUUCCACUCAGAUUCUGUCAUGUUGUUUAUCAAUUUAAAAUGUGCACACUUUAUAAAUCAUAGUUCUGCUUCUGCAACUGAAAGCCACUCGCAGACAGGUGUCCUACAACCUCACCUUUUUUGCAAUUAAAGAUGUUUUCGUGCACAUAACUUAUUGUAUAUCAGAACAGUUUCAAUUCCACUCAAUAUUUCAAAGGUUUUGUCCUUAUUUUACUUAUAAAUGUCAUCAAAAGUAGAAACUUUUGAUAAAUUCAGCCAACUUGAAGACCUUCAUGAAAUCGUAUUGAAAUUCCAUGCAUGCAAGUAGCCAACACACUGCUUUCAGUUAUUCCUUCUGUGUGAAAUUCAAACAAUUCUGGUUUGCUUCCGUGUGUGCUGACUCAUCACAAAGAAGCAACAGCUACAUUUGUGUGCAGCAUGUCUUCGCUUUUGUUUUCUUCAACAUUGAAAGGAUUGGGCAACUUGUUUCAGCAAAAAUAGUUUCGUCAUCACUGGAGUCUGAGAUUUGUGUCACAUUGAAUUAAAGUGAGUAUUAAUUUACUGAGAGAAAAGCCACUGAGCAACUGCAGUGUCGCUUGGCUGUUACUUUACCGACUUAAAGCCAUUUGCUGUCAUGGAGCUUUUUACUUGAAUACAUGGAGACACUGGUACGUCUGUCAUUGCACUGGUGGGUGGCCUUGUCGUAGAUCAUUGUACUAUUACUUUUACAUAUACCUAUUACUGAUGGCAGCAAACAUGUAGUUUGGUGAAUUUUGGGAUAUUCAUCUGCAAACUUUAAGAAAGCAAUACUGGAAGCAAAGUCGGUCUAAAUUUUAGCCUUGGUUCUGCAUUGUUAAGUGUUUUAAUGUGUUUUCACCUCCUUAGAAACGGUUAAUGGCUUCACAAGAAGCCGCUCUUGCAUUUUGUGUCAAAUCUGCUCUUUGUCUCACUGUCACCUUCUUCAGACUUGUUGGCAAAGAGAAAGCGCUGCAUCUUUUACAAAGCAAACAUUAAAGAAUGGAAAGAGUCUGCUUCCCUUGAAGAUACUGAAAUAUACUCCAACAUGUCUGUGGUUGUAAGGAUGUUAAUGCUCUUUCACAGAUGAAGGUAAAUGUCCAGAGAGGAGACAUUUGGUAGUCUUAGUAGAUUUACAAGGUGAGAAUGGAUCCGUGAGAUGGGAGAUAUGGAAAAUCUCCUUGUUCAUAAUGUAAAUGUGCAAUUAAUUAAUUUUCUGUUGUACAAUCAGAUGAUGCAUCUGUGUAGAUAUGAUCUCUUUCUGUAACUAAAAAAACAAUUUAGAUACCCUUUGUCUUGAGUGUAUAUUUUAAUGAAAAAUAAUAAAUACAUUUACAUGAGCUGCAAAAACAA